UUUAUUUUAAUUUUUUUAAUUUUUAACCCGCCUUUACCGUGACUUUACCUUGGAAGAACCAAACUGUCGAGGAAGUUCUCCAUGCGCGGUUCAUCCUCUCAUGUCUCCGCGGGUGUCUGACAGCGGUUGGACGUUCUGUAGCGUAGCUGCCGAGGAGAGCUCCGUGCGCUCCGGGAUUCACCCACUUUCCUCUUUUUACGCAUCCUUCUCUUCUUCAAGGUGGGAUGAAUUUGGACAGAAUCGCAGAGGCAGUGAGAGCACCGCCGCCCCGCGACGUGGCCCCCGCGUUUCAUUUACAGAGAACUUCAAACAGCAGCCGAGAAACUUUAGAGAACUCAAGCAGCGAGUCUUCAGACACAGAGCUGGCAGAGAAGGAGAGGAGCGCUGAGCACCGGAGCGAUGACGGGAACGCGGACGACCCGAAGAAGAAGAAGCAGCGGCGGCAGCGGACUCACUUCACCAGCCAGCAGCUCCAGGAGCUGGAAGCUACUUUCCAGAGGAACCGUUACCCGGACAUGAGCACCAGGGAGGAGAUCGCCGUGUGGACCAACCUGACAGAGGCCAGAGUCCGGGUGUGGUUUAAGAACCGCCGCGCCAAGUGGAGGAAGCGGGAGCGCAACCAGCAGAUGGACCUGUGCAAGAACAGCUACCUGCCUCAGUUCAGCGGCCUCAUGCAGCCGUACGACGAGAUGUACCCGGCGUACACCUACAACAACUGGACCAACAAGGGGCUCACCCCGGCGCCGCUCUCCACCAAGAACUUCACCUUCUUCAACUCCAUGAGCCCCCUCACUUCGCAGUCCAUGUUCUCGGCGCCCAACUCCAUCUCCUCCAUGACCAUGGCCUCCGGGAUGGGCCACUCGGCCGUGCCGGGCAUGCCCGCCCCGGGCCUCAACAACAUCAGCAACCUGAACGGGAUCGGGACGUCCGGGAUCAACUCGGCCAUGUCGUCCUCGGCGUGCCCGUACGGGCCGCCCGGCUCCCCGUACAGCGUCUACCGGGACACUUGCAACUCGAGCCUGGCGACCCUCAGACUCAAAUCCAAGCAGCACCCGACGUUUGGAUACAGCGGCCUGCAGAGCCCCGGGUCCAGCCUGAACGCGUGCCAGUACAACAGCUGACCGCGCACGCCGACGCCACCAGCAUAUAGAUGAAUAAAUAUAUAGAGAAAUAUAUAAGUGAUUAACGGACACGGUGUCAGAGCUUAUGGGCUACCUGCGGAGGGGGAAAAAUCAAAGACAACUAAACUGGAUUAGUUGCAAUCACUUUUCAAAAAAAGAAAAAAAAAAUCAGCAAAAAAAGAAAAAUGGAUUAUGCGGGUUACAUGUGUUUACCAGUGAACUUGCACAGCAAUUUAAAUGGUCCAGGUUUUUGGAUUUUUUUUUUUUAAUAAUGAAGACGUGUUACAUUGCUGCAUUGUACAUAUCUGAGUGUAAAUAUAUACAGGUCUAACAUAAGAACCGGACGAUGGAUUUCAUUUCUUUUCGCUUUGCUUGCUUUUGAAGAUUGACUCGUGGAGGUUCUCGACCAAAAAAAAAA